UUAACGUCCGUGUCUGGUCUGGUUUGUUUCAGUGUUGAGAUAAGAACACCACCUUUAAUUUGACGUUACUUUACCUGCUAAUUCCUGCCUAGCUACACCUUUCUGUACCCCUGUUUAUACUUUACCCAGACUUUACCCAAACCCUGGUGUCAAAGUGCUAGCCAACUGUUUCGACUCGCUUAGGUGAGAAUGGGAGAGUUUGCCUGCUAAGUGGCUAAUGUAAGCUAACAGUGCCAGGUGACAGCUAGCGUUUGUUGGCUAAUUAGCUGUAGUAGUUGCUCGUAAACUUGUCUUUCGCACACAGUCUAUGUGGCACACAUAUGCUGGUUUGACGAUGCACCUGGUAACACUGUUGUAUAACGUUAAUGUGAGGGUAACCAUUAACUCUGAGUCUAGACUCUGCGCUGUGUCAAACACCCAGCGUAAGUUAACAGUUGCUGGUUAGCUAGCAUAACGUCAGUUGACACAGCGUUAGCUAGCUAACUUGGUAGGUGUGACAGGGAAAGCUGCAUUUGGAUGGGCAGCGGUUCGUUAACGUUAUCUGUGUGCCAGCUAACAGGGUGUGGGUAACUUUUUCGUUGUGGUGUGCAACGUUAACUGCAUGCAGUUGAUAGAAGGAAUACGUUAGAUCUGGUAUCAGCUUUUAUUGGCAAAGUAAAUGUGUAAAUAUAAUAGGGCUGGGCAGGAUAUCAAUAUUAGAUUGAUAGUGUGGUGAUAGACUAGAUACUGUCUUGUCUUCUCCUGGUUUUAAAGACUGCAUUAUAGUAAAGUGAUAUACUUUAUUGAGCUUCCCAGACUGUUGUAGCUUUACUGUUAUUUGCCUUUACCCACUUAGUCUUUGUAUCCACAUUACAGACCAUUACUUAUUAAAAACCUUAUUGUGUAAAUAUUUUGUUAAAGCAACAACAAGCAAACCUACAGUACAUUCACAAUAUGGACAUCAAGGUGUUUGUUCAAAAAUAUAUAGAUUUUUGAUUUUCUUCAUAUUGCCUACCCCUAACACAUACUAGGAAUUUGACUCUUGAGUUUUUUGUACUUGCACAGAAACAAACAUAACAGCUAAAAGCAAGGACAACAAAGCUGAACAAGAAGGGCUCCCCCCAUCCAGGGUUUGAACCAGGAACCUUUUUGUUGUGAGUUUUCAUCUCCUCACGCUCGAGGUUUUGGGACCCAAUGUUGCCACGGGAAGAAACAGACAAACUGAGACAUAGCACUCCGUGAAUGAGUGGCUCACGAGCCAGAACACACGAAAAAGAUACCAAGAGGAGAGACCCUUAUUCUGCAUCAUUCUUGUGUAACAGAUUGCAACAGAACUCGACGGCCAGACCGUUGCCAUGUCGACCUCAUCGCUACGGCGACAAGUAAAGAACAUCGUCCACAACUAUUCAGAGGCUGAAAUCAAGGUUAGAGAGGCGACAUCCAAUGACCCAUGGGGCCCCAGCAGCUCUCUGAUGUCAGAGAUUGCUGACCUGACCUACAAUGUUGUGGCCUUCUCGGAAAUCAUGAGCAUGGUGUGGAAGCGCCUCAAUGACCAUGGCAAGAACUGGAGACACGUGUACAAGGCUAUGACUCUUAUGGAGUACCUGAUCAAGACUGGUUCAGAACGUGUUGCCCAACAGUGCCGAGAGAACAUAUACGCAGUCCAGACCCUCAAGGAUUUUCAGUACAUAGACAGGGACGGCAAAGACCAGGGGGUGAAUGUGCGAGAGAAAGCCAAACAGCUUGUGACGCUGCUGAAAGAUGAAGAGAGACUAAGAGAGGAGAGGAUCCACGCCCUCAAAACCAAAGAGAAGAUGGCACAGACCUCCAGUGCCUCCUCAGCUCCCUCAGCACCCAGCCUGGGGGGCAGCCUGUCAGUGGGCUCCCACUCUGGAGGGGCAGACCCUGAGCAGGCGUGGCCACAGAGCUCUGGAGAGGAAGAUCUACAGCUCCAGCUGGCUUUGGCCAUGAGUAAAGAAGAGGCAGAGCAGACUAGCAAGGACCCUCUGGAGGACGCAGAGCUCCGCUAUGCAAUCACACUCAGCAAAGAGAUGCAACAAAAGGAAGAGCGACUGCGCAGAGGCGACGACCUGAGACUGCAGAUGGCCAUCGAGGAGAGCAAGAGGGAGAAGACCAAGCCUGAGGAGGGCUCUCUGAUGGAGCUGAGUGCCGUGGACCCCUGGGGGGCCGCCCCUGCUGCUGCCACUGUGGGCUCUGCCGGUCCCUCGCCUCCACCCACAGUACCUGCCCCUGCUGCCUCAGGUCCGUGGGGCACAGCCCCCGCAGACCCUUGGGGGGUUGCGUCACCCACAUCUCCUACAAGCUCCGACCCCUGGGGUGGGGGAGCCCCGCCCACUAUAGCCCCUCCCCCAGACCCCUGGGGAGAGACGUCCAACAGAGUUAACAACGUCGACCCCUGGGGGAGCUCCGCUGUGACCCCCCCCAGUGCCGACCCCUGGGGCCCCCCAGUGCCACCCAGCACGUCCUCCUCGGGGGGGCCAGUAGACCCCUGGGCAAGGGACGGGCCUGUCCCUGCCUCUGACCCUAUCACCUCCGACAUCUGGAGUGGCACCGCCAAACACACAAACGGCACAGGAGACCCAGAGCGACGAGGGUCCCCAGCAGCAGGCUGUGACAGCACAGGCUCACCGGUGCCCUUCGACCUUUCAUCUCUUGGUUCCUCACUUCCUGUUCGUAAGACUCCUGAGUCCUUCCUCGGCCCCAACGCAGCGCUUGUGGAUCUCGAUUCCCUGGUAUCAUCUAAACCCAAACCCAAACAGCCGCCGCCUCCUUCCAUCUCUUCCUCUUCAGCACACAACCCCUUCCUCCAGAACACAGGCUCAUCUCCUGCUCCUGGCAUGGCAGUGACACCAGGAAGCACCAUUUCCAGUCGGGGAGUUUCUCCAACGCCUGCCUCCUCCAACCCUUUCGGCGUGGCUCCAUCCAUGACCUCCAUCUCACCUCAGCCCUCAUCACUUGGCCUGAGCGGCCUCCGCUCCAGUCCUGUGCCUCCCAAUCCCAUGCUGGGCAUGGUGCAACCCGGAAUGGGCAUGGGGCCAAUGAGUGUGGGUAUGGGGGCUCCAGGAAUGGGCCUGGGCAUGAUGCAGGCCAGCCCCAUGGGCAUGCCCUACAGCGGGCUCUCACCUAUGGCCCCCCCGGGCUCGGCUCUGUUGGGGCCCGGAGGCACAGCGCCUCCUCAGCUGAUUUUGGGUGGGCCCGCUGGAACAGGAGGAGUGAUGGGGGCAGGAGGGUCAGUUGGAGGCGGAGGAACGACGGGAGCGAGCACCAACCCUUUUCUUCUUUGAGGAAGUGUCACCACUACUUUGCUCACCUGUUUCAACCUCCUCUGUCGUACCUGCUGCCCCCUUCAUUCACCCCCCACCCCCCCCCACCCCCACCCCCAAACACAAUUUGUGUCCAAAAAGAAAAAAUGUGUACAUCUCUAUAUUUAAAGAAAAAAACAAAAAAUCAAAAAUUUUGUUUAUCUUCUCCUUGGAAAGCAUUAUUUCAUUUCAGAAUAAUUUUCCACAUUUAGUUCCUUUCAUUUCAGUUUUGGGUUGUUUUUGGGCGGGAAAAAGAGAUCUAUUUAUUUUGUUUUAAUCCUGUUCUGUUCUGUAUCGUUCUUCAUGUUGUUGGGUUUUUUUUUUGUUUUGUUUUGUUUUUUUCAGUCCUGUCUUGAGAUGAAGGUAAGUCUGUGAGCGCAGGCUUCUUCAGUAGUGUCACUCUGUUGUAAUAUUAACGCACUGAGAGAGAGACAGAGGGAGAGGGGACUUAGCCACUAACAAACUGAACAGUGAAACUGUCGUACCUGCCUCUUCCUCUUCUCUCCCUCUAGAAUGAAGACAAACACUGAACCACUGAAAUGAAACGAGUGCAUGAAGGAUGAAUUUUAAACGAACUCCAGACUGAGAUAUGGACUGAAAAACCUGCAUUAACAUUUAAGGCACAAUGUGGUCAAACUAUUUCACUUUUAAUUUAAUUUAAUGUUAAAUGUAAUUUAUUUUUUUCCAAUUUUUGGGAACAAAUAAACAAGGAAGAUCACACGAUUAUGCCAUUUAAAUCAAAUGCUUAUUUUCCCCCCUUCCUUACUAUUGUAGAAAACUAAAGAGAGCUCUGACAUCUGUGGUCCGACGGGGAAAAUGAUGGGAUGUUUGAUGAAUGUGUGUGUUUGCAGCAAUGUGAGAAUAUGAAUGCUCAUUUGUGAGUGUGCAAGUAUGCAAUAGUGCAAAUGCCUGUUUUUGUGUAUAUGUAUCAAUAUCGGUCUCCAUUUUUCCUGUGUCCCAAAUUAUUUCAGUGACUCAGAGAGGAAGAAAUGACAUCCAUUAUUUUUGUUUUUAAAAAUUGUCACUUGUAUUAAUAAUAUGUAAUGUUGGGAUUUCAAAUGAGGUAUUAUAAGGGUCACACAUUUCUCUGCCAAUCAUUUUUAUUUUUUUUUUGUUAAUCGGAAGCAUUAGUUAUUUUUUUCCAAUCUCACAUUUCAUGAGAUCCCUGGUGUCCAGGUGUCCCAGAGCACCACUGUCCACCUGUUUCGUCCCUCUGUCCUUUGGGGAGGGAGAGCUACUGAUGCUUCUUUAAAAAAAAAAAGACAAUUAUUUCAGUGAAUGAAAGGAAGAAAAAAAAUGGGACUUGACGACAUGCUCCAUGCUGUUCUUUUAAUUUAGUUUGAUGAAUUUAUUGUUAUUUUAUAUCAACAAGAAAAAUAUCUCUUUUAUCGGGUAAGGUUGAAUUUUGUGUGGUGAUGACUGUGAACAUUCACAUUUGAAAAGUAAAAUGGAAAAAAAAAUCAAAAGGAAUUUAUGAAAUAAAACAAAAACACAG